CUGGGCCCUGCGGCUGGCGGCCGAGCCUUGUGCCUCCGCCAUAUUGUCUGUGUGAGGCCGGCGAGGGAGGCGCGGUGGUGGCUGCUGCCGCCUCCUCCUCAGGUUUUGUUUGUGAGCCAUCCUGAAAAUGCCUUAAAUUAUAAGUUGGAAAAUUCUGAGUUCUGCCUGAGGCCCACCACCACGAUUUGCACUGAAAUUGGAAGCGGCGUGAACACCAGAUCCUUAAGCUAGCUCGGCCUGCCAAUCUGUCCACAAUGUCAGGACCUGUGCCAAGCAGGGCCAGAGUCUACACAGAUGUAAAUACACACAGACCACGAGAAUACUGGGAUUACGAGUCGCACGUUGUUGAAUGGGGUAACCAAGAUGACUACCAACUAGUCCGGAAAUUGGGCCGGGGCAAAUACAGUGAAGUCUUUGAAGCCAUCAACAUCACAAAUAAUGAAAAAGUAGUUGUUAAAAUCCUGAAGCCUGUGAAAAAGAAGAAAAUCAAGCGUGAAAUCAAAAUCUUGGAGAACUUGCGAGGCGGCCCCAACAUCAUCACCCUUGCAGAUAUAGUGAAAGACCCUGUGUCUCGGACCCCAGCCUUGGUUUUCGAACAUGUAAACAACACAGACUUUAAGCAAUUAUACCAAACGUUAACAGACUACGACAUCCGGUUCUACAUGUAUGAAAUCUUGAAGGCCCUGGAUUAUUGCCACAGUAUGGGGAUAAUGCACAGAGACGUCAAACCCCACAACGUCAUGAUUGACCAUGAGCACAGAAAGCUCCGGCUAAUAGAUUGGGGUUUGGCUGAAUUCUAUCAUCCCGGCCAAGAGUACAAUGUCCGAGUGGCUUCUAGAUACUUCAAAGGCCCAGAGCUCCUCGUAGAUUAUCAGAUGUACGACUACAGUUUGGACAUGUGGAGCUUGGGUUGCAUGCUCGCCAGCAUGAUCUUCCGAAAGGAGCCCUUCUUCCAUGGUCAUGAUAACUAUGAUCAGUUGGUGAGAAUAGCUAAGGUGCUCGGGACAGAAGACCUGUACGACUACAUUGACAAAUACAACAUUGAGCUUGACCCCCGUUUCAACGACAUCUUGGGCAGGCAUUCCCGCAAGCGAUGGGAGCGCUUCGUCCACAGCGAGAAUCAGCAUUUGGUCAGCCCCGAGGCCCUGGAUUUCUUGGACAAGUUGCUGCGAUACGACCACCAAUCCCGUCUGACAGCGAGAGAAGCCAUGGAGCACCCUUACUUCUACCCCAUAGUGAAGGACCAGGCUCGGAUGAGCUCAACCAACAUGCCGGGCAGCAGCACCCCCGUCAGCAGCGCCAGUAUGUUGUCAGGGCUUUCUUCAGUGCCAACGUCUUCACCCCUGGGGCCUCUAGCGGGCUCGCCUGUGAUAGCUGCUGCCAACACCCUAGGUAUGCCAGUUCCAGCUGCCGCGGGAGCCCAGCAGUAGAGGAGGACACCCCGUCUCCCAGAUGCCUGACCGGAGCCGGGUUGGGGCCGAGGUCCUUCCUCCACCCUCUUCCCCAGGACAACAGCAGCCGCUUGUGGCCGGCGUUGUGGGGAGGGAGAAGGGAGGGGACGGAAUGCUUUGGAGGAGUUAUGUCUGAACAGUUGCUUGUGGAUUUAUAGUAGUUCAGUCAUAAAAAAAAGAAAAAUAUAUAGGCCGAUUUUUCCCCUUUUUUUACUUGAACUUUUCGUAUCUCAGGGGGUUCCCUGACAAAACCUGCAGAUGGAAUAUUUCGUGGACAAUUCUCCCCGCCCCCAACACUUUCCCUGCUCAUUUUAUUAUUUGUAAGAUCCAAGGCGAUACGACUGUGUAUCUUGAGGGUCUCGGUUCUUGCCGGAAAGCUCUCCCUCUUCCCCCGUUCCUUUCUGCUGGCUGAUGCCGCCUCAGGGAUGGGGUGAGGGGUGAGACCUGCAAGGACCUUUCGCUUUCUCCCCCUUUUGGGAAUACCUGCGCUGUGCUCCUUAAAAGGCAGCCGGGACGGACGAAGGUCUUUAAGCAGUGGUUGCGUCGUUUUUGCCUCUUUGCGAUUGACAGCUAGAGUGGGAGGAGUUUCCGCUACCAAAAAUAAAUAUUUUAAGUUUGUG